AUGCAUCUACUUGGGAACUCAGUCGUAAUAGGGGUAUUCGCUGCCUUAGCAAGUCAAUCCGUACUCGCAAUACCUGUUGGACGUGACUCGGGCCAUGCCGACGGGAUACCAAUGCCUCGUGAUUUCAAGAGGUUCGAAGAUACAUAUCAUAAAAAUAUCAGAGCAUCCCUGGGACCCCGUGGUUGUACGAGGGGAAGCAUCACCAUUCGCAAGUCGUGGGAUAACCUCGAUGACGCGACAAGAGCAGAUUAUCUACGCGCAGUAAAAUGUCUGGCGGCUGAACCACCAACGAUGGAUACGAGUCUAGCGCCCGGUGCUGUCAACCGCUUAGAUGACUUCACUUACAUCCACAUUAACCAGACUAACAUAAUUCACCAAUCAGGUUACCUCCUGCCGUGGCAUCGUCUGUUCCUCUGGCAAAUGGAGCAAGCGCUGCGUAACGAGUGCGGGUAUAAGGGGCAUCUACCUUACUGGGAUGUCCCCCGGUUCUCAGAAGAUCAGACUAAGUCUAAGGUCUUUGAUGGUUCCAUAACAUCUUUUGGUGGUAACGGCGCCCAGGUGCCCCAUAAGCCCCAUAAAGUCAUUCUUCCCGGAUUGGUCAUAGGAAACUUCUCGCUGCCAAUGCCUGCCGGCACGGGAGGUGGCUGUAUCAAGGAUGGCCCCUUUAAGGACUUCACAAUCAGCUUAGGUCCCGUAGCGAAGGAGGUUAUUGAUCCAGCUAACAAGUACGGCUAUCAACCUAAUAAGCGAUGUUUAUCUCGGGAUUUCUACGACCCUGUAAGCAAAGGCGUAUUGACAUGGGCCAACGCGACAACUAUCGUGGCAUCUAAGAAUAUUAAGGAACUUAGGAACAAUAUCGAAGAUCUAUGGCAUCUGAAUUCACACACGUUCGUAGGACGCGAAGCAGCAGACCCGUUCAGCACGCCUAAUGAUCCGGUCUUCUAUCUUCUACACGCGCAGAUUGAUCGCCUAUGGGCCAUAUGGCAGGGCCAAGACCUACAAGAAAGGACCUACGCGAUUGAUGGGAAUAGGACAUUCCUAGGGAUUGCCCUCGACUACGCGCCGGAGGUACCACGAAGUCUGGCAACAAUAGAGGACAAAAUGGACAUGGGUUUGGGUUGGAACCCCAAGACCAAGGAAGGGAUGCCGGCGACGGAAUUCGGACGAUGCUAUGUAUAUGAAUAG